AUUCCUGCAUUGCAAGGCUUUCUGAUAAGGAUGUAUUGUGGCUUUUGUUUGGAUUUCAGCCUGCAGAAUCACAGCUGUUCAGAGGAGACUCAUUACAACUCCUGCUGAAGCUCCUAAUCUUCCUCCCUCUGCCCCUCCCCCACCCUCGUUUGCCCGAAGACACAGUCCCCAGUUUGCCUUACUUCCUUGCUAUGUGUAUGGUCAACCUGGCAGUGUGGAUGCGUCUGGGACUGGCCAGACAACUGCUGUUGUCUCUCCCUAUUCCAGGAAGAAUUUAAAGGGGAAUUGUACAGCAGGCAGUAUACCCAGCACAGCAGCAACCCCAGGAACCUGGUGACUAGGGCUCCUGGCUUUGUCACAGGGAUGCAAAGCUGACUGCAGGGACAGUAGCUACUCCUGGGAACAGCAGCCAGGUGGUAGCAUGAAGUGAGAGCCAGUUCCUGAGCACGAGAUGAACUCCACCUGGGAUGGUAAUCAGAGCAGCCAUCCUUUCUGUCUUCUGGCACUGGGCUACUUGGAAACUGUCAGGUUCUGUCUUUUGGAAGUGCUGAUCGUUGUCUUUCUAACUGUAUUGAUUAUUUCUGGCAACAUCAUUGUGAUUUUUGUGUUUCACUGUGCACCUCUGUUGAACCAUCAUUCUACAAGUUAUUUUAUCCAGACAAUGGCAUAUGCUGACCUCUUGGUUGGGGUAAGCUGCCUGGUCCCUUCCUUAUCACUCCUCUACUACCCUCUUCCGAUGGAGGAGGCCAUGACUUGCCAAGUAUUUGGUUUCAUAGUGUCAGUUCUGAAGAGCAUCUCUAUGGCUUCUCUGGCCUGUAUCAGCAUUGAUAGAUAUAUUGCCAUCACUAAACCUUUAACCUAUAAUACCCUGGUUACUCCCUGGAGACUACGCCUCUGUAUUUUUCUGAUUUGGCUGUAUUCUACCCUGGUCUUCCUGCCUUCCUUCUUUCACUGGGGUAAACCCGGAUAUCAUGGAGAUGUAUUUCGGUGGUGUGCAGAGUCCUGGCACACCAACUCCUACUUCACAUUGUUCAUCGUGAUGACGCUGUACGCCCCAGCUGCCCUCAUUGUCUGCUUCACGUAUUUCAACAUCUUCCGAAUCUGCCAGCAGCACACAAAAGAAAUCAGCGAAAGGCAAGCCCGAUUCAGCAGCCAGAAUGGGGAGACUGGGGAAGCCCAAACCUGUCCAGAUAAGCGCUAUGCCAUGGUCCUAUUCCGAAUCACCAGUGUGUUUUAUGUCCUCUGGUUGCCGUACAUCAUCUACUUCUUGCUGGAGAGUUCUACUGGCUGCAGCAGCCGUCUUGCCUCCUUCCUGACUACCUGGCUUGCUAUUAGUAACAGUUUCUGCAACUGUAUCAUUUACAGUCUCUCCAACAGUGUUUUCCAACAAGGACUAAAGGGCCUUUCAGAGUCUGUGUGUACUUCUUGUGCAAGUCACACCACAGCCAAGGACCCUUACACAGUUAGGAGCAAAGGACCCCUUAAUGGAUCUCAUAUCUGAGGGGGACUCAUAUAUUCAGUCUCUCUGUUUUCAAGGAGAGAGGAUGGCUUUGGUUCACUUUUUCCUUCCAUCUCUGUGCUCCCAGUUCACUGGAGAUGUAGGAGCAGCUACAAACUGUCCGGAGAACCUUCAUAGUUUGCAGAAGUUGUUUUCUAAAUGAGAUUUAAAAUUAGAAGAAUCAGGAUGAUGGAAAAAAAUCAAUCUUGAUCCAGUCUUUGAAAUGUCAUGGAAGUGACUAUAGUUCUAAGAUUCAAAAAGAGUAAAGCCAUAGUUGAUACCUCUCUCUCCCCUUUGGCAUGCCUGAAUCUGGAUGUAAAAAGAGUCAGCAUGUUUAAAAAAAAACAAAAACAAAAAACAAAAAACAUUUUGUUGCCCCUUUAUGGAUUAUUUCAUGCAAGUUGCAAUUUAUAUGCAAUUCUAACAGGAAAUAUUAAAAUAUAUUGAUGAACUAGCAAGGAUUUUCUUUAUCUGUGCCAAAAUAUAACUGUACUGCAAGUUUCAACAUUCAUUUAGACAGUGAAAUGUUUCGUUUUCUUGCCUCUUGAGAGAAAUCUCCAUAGGAUAAAUAAUGAGAGCAUUGGACAUUGUUCUGUAGAGUUUUGAAAUGGAGCAAUUGUGCAGUGAAGUCACGCAGUGAGAUCCAGGUGCUUUCCCCCCGUGUUUCUGAGCAUUGUGAAUGCGUGUGCAGCAGUGACAGUGCUCUUCCAGGGCUUCUGUCUGUGAAUACUGAGAAUCUAUACACUGAGCUGGGUUUUUAAUGACAAAAUAUUUAAUCUAAAUAAAUAAUAGAUGGAUAGCUGCCCAAUUGUAAUGUGAAAACAUUUUUUUAAAGUGACUGUAGUGUUUUCUGUUCUUAUCCAAAGUCUUCAAGGAAAACCGAGUUCGCUGAUGCAGUCAGCCCAGGGUCAGUGUAAACUUGUCUGCCUUCUAAAGAGUCAGCUACUAUCACAGCCACCAAUUCAUUUUGGAAAACAUUUUUUGAACCCUAUUAAGGAGACCUUGGAGAGGAGAAGGGGGGAUUCUAAUUGGGCCAAGUCUCCUUCCUGCUAUCCUCUUUAGAAAAGAUCCUUUGACAUGUAGUUCUUGCCUCACUUGUGUGGUUUUAUUUUGUUUUUCCAAAGCAAAUGUAUAGAAUAUUAUUGUUUAGAAUUAGACUGUUGUGUGUUCAUAUGUAGUGUUAACUUUUUAAACGUGACUAUCUUGAAAACGAGAAUUGUCUAAAAGAAGAGAAGGCUGUUGGCAGCUAGUGUCAGAAUCUCCUCUACUUUGUGCUAGUUUUCAUUUUUAUUGUCAGGAAAAUUAAUUGGCCUCUGCCUUUGGCUAGAGGUUGUAGUUUGCAUACAACAGUUAUAUGUAAUGAAAUGCACAAUGGAGGAAACCCAGGGGUUGCUGGUAAAACUGGAUUUCCAAAUCCAAAAGGACACACGUAUUUUAUAAAACAGGCUGAUAUGCUUCAGCCUUUCACCCUGAUGUUAAAAGACUGUUCUUUUUGAAAAGAAGACAUAUUUCUUUCCUUAGACAAACAGACACACACACACACACACACACACACACACACACACACACACACACACACACCAUUCUGGUAUUGCACCCUUGCAAAAAGGCAAGUAAUUUUUACUUGCAUAUCCAUAGCAGAAUAUAUUUGUUGUGUUUGCUGUGUAUCCCUGACUUUCCUAAAACUCAAUACUUAGACCAGACUGGCCUUGAAUUUACAGAAAUCCACCUGUCUCCACUGGGAUUAAAGAUCUACCAUGCCAAACUUCCAGCCAGUUUUGAUUUUAUGUUUUAGACGUUGAUUUUAUUUUAACCUCAGAUAUGUUAUGCUUUAAAUUUUUAAAAGAACAUUUGAACUUCAGAUUCAAAGUCCUAG